AUGGCGGCGCCCAGCACCUCUCCGAGCGAUUCCGACAGCAGUAGCAGCGGCAGCGACGCCGAGGAGCUGUCGCGGUGCCGAGAGGCGGCGACCCCAGCCUGGGGCUGGGAGCAGCGGCCGAGGGGUCCGCAGAAGCCUCGUGCUGAUGCUGGAAAUAACCCGUUGCCAGCCACUCCCCGGAGCCUCAGGCACCGGGUGGAUGAGCACGAACAAGACGGCAAUGAGCUUCAGACCACCCCUGAAUUCCGAGCCCACGUGGCCAAGAAGCUGAGAGCGUUACUGGACAGCUCCAUCACCAUCUCAGAAGUGGAGAAGGAGCCCCGAAAGGCCCAGGCAGUGAAAGCGGCCGCAGAGGAUGAUGGCUUCCGCCUGUUCUUCACGUCCAUCCCUGGCCACCCUGAUGAGGAAGCACCGGCCCAGUCCUGCCGGAAGCCGCCGCCCCCCAGCUCCAGCAGCGAGGACAGUGAUGAGGAGUGGCAGAGAUGCCAGGAGGCUGCCGUGUCGGCCUGCGACAUCCUCCAGGGCUCGGCCAUCCACAGCCCUGUCCUGGUGGAGGAGAAAGAGGCCCACACAAGGAAUAAGCAAGCCAAGGAGGAGGCCAGGGCCAACUCGGCCACCAUCACCACAGGUACAGCCUUGGUCCACAAGCCAAAGAAGGUCACCAAGCUCAGCGGGGGCCCUGCAGCACUUGGGACCAAAAAGAAGAAAAAGGCAAAAACUCCUGAGGCUCCCUGCUUACAGCCAGCCAAGAGCGCCUCAGCCGUGCUCUCCAGCUGAGCCCAGACAGGGCCUCACCAGCCCUGCAGACCAGCCGCCCACUGGACACCAGCUGUUUCCAAGCCCCAGCCUCCCUGCAAGUUCAAGGCCUUGCUCGGCCGGCGGCUCCAGACUCCCCAGGAGACCCCAACCAUAAUUGAAGGAUGGAGUGGCUGUAGGGUCAGAAACUUUAAACAAGGCCUGCCCCUCUCUGCUCCCACUGAGGACUGGGGCAGACCUGCGGCACCAGACUGUGUGGGCUCAGGAAGAGGGAGCCUGCAGAUGCUAAGACUGACUGCCAGGUGGUCAAGAUUCCAUCUCCCUGGGGCUGGAUGGCCGGCCCCAGUGUGAGAGCCCUCCCACGACUCUCUGCCCCAAGGUUAACACUGUCUGAAAACGGAGGGCAGAGCCCCCUCCCCCGGUUUCCCAGACUUUUCUUCUUCCGCAUUGGUGAAUGGGCCACAGAGCUGCAUGCUGUCUCCGAGUCAGUCACAUUUUGGAAAAUCGAUGGGUGUGGACCCCAAUGAUGAUACCCUAUUAGUACGCCUCAUGCAUGUGGGGACCUCGGGGCCAGCCACCCCUAUACCUCAGGGCUGCAGGACCUCAGGAGGCGGGGCGCCUCUGUGGGCCAGUUUCAGAACAGCAGGGUUUUCCAAAAGGACCAGCAGUGCCUGUUUCCAGGGAAAGAAGCAGCUCAGCAGGAAAACUAGAGGUGGAAAUGGGGCGGGGGGUGCACUCCGGGGCCUUCGCUGUCCUCCGCCCCAGCCCAAACCCUGACACGAACAAACCAGAAGUUCACCUUA